CGGGGUUUAUAGGGAAGCUGCUGCCACGUCCGGGCGCGUCACACCCCGUCACGUCGAGUACGUCCGUGACGUCAGAUACGGCCGUGACGUGCGGCCGUUACGAGUGACGUCGUGCCGUCUCGGUGCGUGGCAGUCCUCCGCAGCAGCCUUGGUGUGCGGGAGGCGCCGGAUACCGCUGGGCCAUGGGAUGGGAGCGCCGCCAGAGGCUGGGAGCACGGCCGGCGCACACACGGGGGCGCCCAUGAACCCGGCGCCCCGGGCGCUCCGGCGCCGCCCCCUCCGACCCCUGGCCCCCCGGCGGCCGCUAUAAAACAGAAUACUGUACGGACGGCCCGACAGACACGGAGGGGCCGGGCUCCGAGACAACUGCCGCCCAGACCAGACGAACGCCAUGUUGCCAAUGAGGCUGGCGCUGCUCUGCGGCCUGGUGGCCGCCCUGGUGGUCACUAACGCAGAGGCCAGCGGCGGCGGCUGGGGCUCCGGCGGCUUGCAGUCCUCAGGGGGCUACGGUCGCUCCUCCGGCGGUCACCGCUCGCUCGGCCGAUCGUUCGGCGGCGGCCACGGCGGCCACGGCGGCGGCCACGGCGGUGGGUUCGGCUCCGUCAGAUCGUUCGGCCGCGGAGGCGGUCGUGGCUACGGCCGCCAGCGCGGCAGGCACGGCCGGCGGCGGGGCGGCGGCAUUCUGGGCAGCAUCAAGUCCCUGUUCCGAGGACUGUUUGGCGGCGGACGGCGGCGCGGACGCGGCGGCUACGGCCGCGGUGGUUUCGGCGGCGGUCGGCGGCGGGGUCAUGGCGGGUUCGGCCGCGGCGGUGGUGGCUACGGCCGACGUGGUGCCUGGUGAUCAGCAGGCGGUCACAGCCGCUGUGAUCGGCCCGGGACCUGAACUGAGAGGCAUUUGGUACGAUGGACAGUGCGUCUGAUGAUAUUGGACAAAUCACCACUGCAUGAUCGGUCAUUAGUCAGCACAAGACAUCCUGUGUCACUCUGAAUGAGCAGCAAUGAAUGCUGAAUACCACCCCGUGC